ACAGCUCCAACCUUCAAAAAAUGGCGCUGGAAGCUGUUCAAGCAAGCUCUGGAAAUAGCAUAGAACCGAAUUCGAGUCCGAGGAUUUCGUUCUCGGUCGAUUUCCUCGACGAAACCAACUUCAUAUCCAUCAAUCCACAUUCUCAAAAUGAGGAGAUGGAUGCCCAGAAGGAGAAAGAUAAAGCAAGAGUUGCAGACUUCGAGUUCCUUUCAAGAAAAGUGAGCAGCCACGCCAUGUUGACGGCUGACGAGCUCUUCUUUGAAGGGAAGCUGCUCCCCUUUUGGCAAACGCAGCAUUCCGAGAAGCUCAAACAAAUCAGCCUUAGAAAGACCAAAGAGGAAGAAGAUGAUGAUGAUGAGGUGGUGAGGGCGGAAGAGGUUAUAAACAAGGAUGAGAGUAAUAGUAGUAGUAGCAUGAGUUGGUUCGUCGACGACAACCCGUCUCCGAGGCCACCGAAAUGCACCGUUUUGUGGAAGGAGUUGCUGAGACUGAAGAAGCAACGGACUGCGUCGUUGUCGUCGUCGUCUUCGAGUUUGUUGGCCAACAUAGCUGCAUCUGAAGAAGGGAAACAAGGGUCUCGGAAUAGAUCAGAUAACAGGCAUGUGAAGAGGAUAAAGAAAGGGUUGGAAAGAAAAAGAUCAUCAAGCAUAAGAAUCAGGCCUAUGAUUAAUGUUCCCAUUUGUACACAAGUCAAAAGCAGUGCACUGCCUCCUGUGUUUCCUCUUAAGAAAGGAAGGUAGC